GAUUGGACGCGUUUUGAGCGUUUGGCCAGCAAGAACGGUAUUAUUUUCCACUCGGGGCUACGCGUGCGCGUCUCUGCAAAGUCAAAAGCAAAGACAAAUGCAAAGGCCAGUGCAAAGCCAAAAGCCAGAGGUAAACGCAAACUCAAAGUAACAACUUCGACGGUCGAAAUUACCGGUUUUUCGCCAACACAACAGUCCUCGCUCUCAGUGAAUUUUAGCGCGCGGUCUUUUCUUCGCCUGCUGUUUUCCGAAAAGUGCGUUGGCUUUUCCAACAACCACCCCCUUUUCGCCGCCCAGCCUAACGAUCGGGGUUAUAGUCGGUUUAGCAUUCGAAUUAUUCGAAUUUCCCGGAAUCAAAAUAGUUAAAUCAGUUUAAACAGUGCUAGAGUGAGGCCAGUCACACAAACUGGCGAGUGCUAAUUAUAAUAUAUUGUGUUAAUAAUACAAACACAAGGUUCACGCAGAGGAAACAACACGGAUGCGCGAUUUUAAAUGCAAUAUUAUAAAUAUUUAACAAUGCAGCCGUGCAGCUAAAGCGGAUUAUUGGCCACCCACGCGUGGAAAUUCAGCGGCAGAGCAAACAAAAGCCUACCUUGGCAUCGCAUUAACUUGAGGAAAUACAGAUGGCCACGCCCGCAGCACCGCCCACCGAUGAUAAUUGAAUAGGACCAUUAAUUGCACUGUGGUUUGUUGGUUCUCGCACCACACCCACACACACGCUCCACACACACACACACAUUCACGGGGGAGAGACUGAGACACACACACACAUCGACCAAAAUAAGGCCACGUGGUCGAGUCAUGCAAACGAGGGAGUUCCCUCAAAGGCCCCUGGGCCUGCUCCUCGUGCUCCUUGUCGUCCUGCUGCAAUCAUCGCUCAUCAAGAGCUACUUGAUUAUCGUGCACGAGGACACGCCUUCUGGCACGGUAAUCUUCAACGCCUCCGUCUAUAAACUUGGUUCCGAACGGCAUUACAAGAUCAAUGCCCACAAGUCGGCCAAUUUCGUGCACCAUCUGGUCUCCGUGAAUCACAAGGAUGGCCAGAUUCAGCUGAGAAAGGCCCUCAAGUGCGAUGGCAUCUACUAUCCGAAUCUGUUCACCUUCUACGUAGACUCCACCUCGAAUCGACUGCGCAGCAUAGAUUACUAUAGUCUGCCUGUGCGGAUCUUCGUCUCGGGCCACAGUUGCAAUGAAGAUAGGAGGAUAGAGCAGGAACUGCAUCACCAUCACUAUGAGGAGGAGGACAAUACGGGCUACUCAAAGCGGAGGCGAAGGCGAUCCACCCAGGAGAUGAUCCAACUGAAUGGCAAUCAGCUAGAGGAGGUGUUCCGGCAAAACAGCACUGAGUUCCGAGCAGGGGAUCUGAUAUUUGGCGACAGCUUCGACAAUGAGAUGAGGCACAGGAUUCUGAGCCGAAAGAGAAGAGCAGUGGGAUCGCCGGAUCCGCUGCACCUCCAGCCCGCCCUGCAUCGACGGAUCUCGGAUGCCAAGCAGUGGAUCUCAGAGACGUACGCCUCCUAUGCCAUUCACACCACGGACAAGUGGAACCAGAUCUGCUUGAGAAGAUCGCAGUUCAUCAACAGCCUGAAUGCCUUUCUGCCACGAUCCGUUUGCCAGCACUGCAAGGUUAGUUUUCUGGAUGUGAACGACGAGCGAUUCGCCAUCGAGCACCAGAGCAGGGAUCUGGUGGCCAGCAGGGAUGUCUGCAUCGCAGAGUCCAUGUGGAAAGUAAGCAUAACCUUCAACAUCAGGUGCGAUCGACGCGACAUCGUGGACUCGGACCAUCGCCUGAAGAUCGUUUACCACCACCAGGAGUUUAACGAUACGGAUAUCGCCCGAAGGGUUCGGAGGGAGCUCCGCAAUCAAUCACCCUACUUUGAACAAGCCCUCUAUGUGGCCUCCGUUCUCGAGGAGCAACCGCCUGGCGCCGCGGUGACCACUGUGCGGGCCCGAGAUCCCGAGGAUUCUCCUGUGGUUUAUUCCAUGGUCUCACUGUUGGACUCCCGCUCGCAGUCGCUAUUUAAGGUGGAUUCCAGGACAGGCGUUGUUACCACCUCCGCCAGUUUGGAUCGUGAGCUCAUGGACGUGCAUUACUUCCGAGUGGUGGCAACGGACGACAGCUUCCCACCGCGAUCUGGUACGACGACGCUGCAGGUGAACGUCCUGGAUUGUAAUGACCACAGUCCCACCUUCGAGGCGGAACAGUUUGAGGCGAGUAUCCGUGAAGGAGCCACUGUGGGAUCCACAGUGAUAACACUACGAGCAACCGAUCAGGACAUUGGCAAGAAUGCGGAAAUCGAAUAUGGUAUUGAGGCAGUGACUGAUGGCGCCGGAUUGGCACAAGACCAGGAAAUGCCCAUCUUCCGGAUCGACUCCCGUUCGGGCGUGAUCUCGACGAGGAGCAGUCUGGAUCGGGAGACAUCGGAUAGCUAUCAUCUGCUGGUGACCGCAGCGGAUUUGGCUUCGGCACAAAGCGAACGACGAACUGCCACGGCCAGUGUCCAGGUGAAGGUUCUCGAUGACAACGACAACUACCCGCAGUUUAGCGAACGCACCUAUACAGUCCAAGUGCCGGAGGAUCAAUGGGGUGGCACUGAGGAUAACACCGUUGCGCACAUUAGGGCAACGGAUGCGGAUCAAGGGAACAAUGCCGCCAUUAGAUACGCCAUAAUCGGCGGAAAUACUCAGUCACAGUUCUCUAUUGACUCGAUGUCCGGUGAUGUGAGUCUAGUGAAACCGCUGGACUACGAAAGUGUACGCAGCUACAGGCUGGUUAUUCGCGCUCAAGAUGGAGGCAGUCCCUCCAGAAGUAACACCACCCAGCUCUUGGUUAACGUCAUCGAUGCGAAUGACAAUGCCCCGAGGUUUUACACCUCACAGUUUCAGGAGAGCGUGCUAGAGAAUGUCCCCGUUGGUUACAACAUCAUUCGGGUGCAGGCCUACGACUCCGACGAAGGUGCCAAUGCAGAGAUUACCUACAGCAUUUCCGAACGAGAUGACAACUUUCCCCUGGCGGUGGAUCCUCGCACUGGUUGGGUGCAAACCAUCAAGCCACUGGAUCGUGAGGAGCAAGGUCGCUUUGCCUUCCAGGUGGUGGCCAAAGAUGGAGGUGUACCCCCCAAAUCGGCCAGUUCCUCGGUGGUAAUCACCGUGCAGGACGUGAACGACAAUGAUCCAGCCUUUAAUCCCAAGUACUACGAGGCAAAUGUGGGGGAGGAUCAACCGCCCGGUACUCCGGUUACCACAGUCACAGCCACGGAUCCGGACGAGGACUCCCGCUUGCACUACGAGAUCACAACGGGCAACACAAGGGGUCGCUUUGCGAUCACCUCUCAGAAUGGUCGGGGUCUAAUUACCAUCGCCCAGUCGCUGGAUUACAAGCAGGAGAAGCGCUUCCUGCUCACAGUAGCUGCCACCGACUCCGGAGGACGUUCUGAUACGGCCACCGUCCAUAUCAACAUCACGGAUGCCAAUAACUUCGCUCCCAUCUUUGAAAAUGCCCCUUAUAGCGCAUCAGUGUUUGAAGAUGCCCCAGUGGGCACCACUGUCCUCGUGGUUUCCGCCACCGACAGUGAUGUGGGAGUAAAUGCACAGAUCACCUACUCCCUUAAUGAAGAGAGUAUAAACGGCUUGGGUAGUCCAGAUCCAUUUUCGAUCAAUCCGCAGACUGGUGCCAUUGUUACCAAUGCCCCUCUGGAUCGGGAGACCACCAGUGGAUACCUGCUCACCGUGACUGCCAAGGACGGAGGUAACCCUUCGUUAAGUGACACUACCGACGUGGAGAUUGGAGUGACCGAUGUUAAUGACAAUGCACCUGCCUUUAAAAGCCCACUGUACCAAGCUUCCAUUUUGGAAGAUGCCCUAGUGGGAACCUCGGUGAUCCAGGUGGCAGCCAGUGAUCCCGACGUAGGCCUUAAUGGGCGCAUCAAAUAUUUGCUGAGUGACCGUGACAUAGAGGACGGAUCCUUCGUGAUAGAUCCGACCUCGGGAACCAUUCGCACCAACAAGGGAUUGGACAGAGAAAGUGUGGCCGUCUUUCAUCUAACGGCCAUUGCCGUGGAUAAGGGAUCACCACCGCUUUCAAGCACCGUGGAGGUGCAAAUCCGAUUGGAGGACGUCAAUGAUUCGCCACCAACUUUUGCUUCGGACAAAAUCACACUCUAUGUGCCGGAGAACUCGCCUGUGGGCUCUGUAGUGGGUGAGAUUCAUGCCCACGAUCCCGAUGAGGGCGUCAAUGCAGUGGUGCACUAUUCCAUUAUUGGCGGCGAUGACUCCAAUGCGUUUUCUUUGGUAACUCGACCUGGUUCCGAACGAGCUCAACUGCUGACCAUGACAGAACUAGAUUAUGAAUCCACUCGAAAGCGCUUUGAAUUGGUGGUUCGGGCAGCCAGCCCUCCGUUACGUAACGAUGCCCACAUCGAGAUCCUAGUCACAGAUGUGAAUGACAAUGCACCAGUCCUGCGGGACUUUCAAGUUAUAUUCAACAAUUUCCGCGAUCAUUUUCCCAGUGGAGAGAUUGGACGAAUUCCAGCUUUCGAUGCCGAUGUUAGCGAUAAGCUACACUACAGGAUACUUUCCGGCAAUAAUGCCAAUCUACUGCGCCUCAACAGCAGCUCGGGAGGACUGGUGCUAAGUCCGCAACUGAACACCAAUGUGCCCAAGUUUGCCACCAUGGAGGUAUCCGUAUCGGAUGGAAUUAACGAAGCCAAGGCGAUUAUGCAGCUUUCAGUCCGACUGAUCACCGAGGACAUGCUCUUUAACUCGGUAACGGUGCGACUAAAUGAGAUGACUGAGGAGGCCUUCCUAUCACCCUUGCUGAACUUCUUCCUGGACGGACUGGCUGCCAUUAUUCCCUGUCCCAAGGAACACAUAUUUGUGUUUAGCAUCCAGGAUGACACGGACGUUAGCUCACGCAUUCUGAACGUCAGCUUUUCAGCACGCCGACCGGAUGUGUCCCACGAGGAGUUCUACACGCCGCAGUAUCUUCAGGAGCGAGUCUACUUGAACAGAGCCAUUCUUGCCCGAUUGGCCACCGUGGAGGUGCUUCCCUUCGACGACAAUCUCUGCGUGCGGGAACCCUGCCUGAAUUUCGAAGAGUGUUUAACUGUGCUGAAGUUCGGAAAUGCUUCUGAGUUCAUACACAGCGAUACAGUCCUUUUCAGACCUAUCUAUCCGGUUAAUACGUUUGCCUGCUCAUGUCCAGAAGGCUUUACGGGUAGCAAGGAGCACUAUCUGUGUGACACUGAGGUGGAUCUCUGCUACUCUGAUCCCUGUCAAAAUGGAGGAACCUGUGUGAGGCGAGAAGGAGGCUACACUUGUGUAUGUCCAUCUACGCAUACUGGUCAAAAUUGCGAAACAGGAGUGGGACACCUGCGUCCUUGUCCGUCGGAAACAUGUGAGGGAGGGUUGUCCUGCCUCAGCAAUUAUCCCAGCUCACAGCCUCCUCCCUAUACGGCCACCUGUGAGCUGCGAGCUCGUGCCUUUGGGCGCAACUCCUUCCUAACCUUCGAAAGUCUAAAACAAAGGCAUCGAUUCAAUCUUAAGCUCCGCUUUGCCACCGUACAGGAAAAUGGAUUGCUACUCUACAAUGGAAGAUACAAUGAACUGCAUGACUUUAUUGCAUUGGAGAUCCAUGAAGGACACGUGAGCUUCUCCUUUUCUUUGGGCGAUCAUAGUGAAAGGAUUUCGGUGAUCCAGGAGGCAAAGGUUUCCGAUGGAAAAUGGCAUCAGGUGGAAGUGGUCUAUUUGAACCGAAGUGUCACCUUAGUCCUAGAUAAUUGUGACACCGCCAUUGCCCUUUCUGGACAACUGGGUGAUAGAUGGAGCUGCGCUAAUCGCACUACUUUGAAGUUGGACAAACGCUGUUCGCUGCUCACGGAGACCUGCCAUCGCUUUCUGGAUCUGACAGGACCUCUUCAAGUGGGCGGACUUCCUCGCAUCCCAGCCCACUUCCCGGUGACCAAUCGCGACUUUGUGGGAUGUAUCUCUGACCUUCGAAUAGAUGAUCGUUUCGUAGAUCUCAACUCAUAUGUGGCGGAUAAUGGAACGUUAGCUGGCUGCCCCCAAAAGGCUCCACUCUGCCAAUCCGAGCCUUGUUUCAAUGGCGGCACCUGCCGCGAGGGCUGGGGAACCUAUUCCUGCGAGUGUCCCGAGGGAUAUGCUGGAAACAGCUGCCAGGAUAAUAUACCAGCUCCGUGGCGAUUCUCCGGAGAUGGAAGUCUCAGUUUCAAUCCCCUUUUGCGACCUAUCCAGUUACCAUGGACCACCUCCUUCUCGCUGAGAACACGCCAGAAAGAGGCUUUCCUCCUCCAAAUUCAAAUCGGACAGAACAGUUCGGCCGCAGUUUGUCUGAGGCAAGGAGUACUCUACUAUAUUUUUGAUGGAGAACCCAUGUAUUUGGCUGGAGCUUUCCUCUCCGACGGUGAGUGGCACAGAGUAGAAAUUCGUUGGCAGCAGGGUUCCGAGAUACACUUCUCAGUGGAUUACGGACAGCGGUCUGGAUCGGUGCCCAUGUCGCAGAAGGUUCAAGGCCUCUAUGUGGGCAAGAUUGUAAUGGGUAGCCCCGACGGCAGUAUUGGAGCAGUUCCCGAAGCCUCUCCAUUCGAGGGGUGCAUUCAAGAUGUGCGUAUUGGAGCGGGGCAAUCGGUUCUCUCGCGUCCAACUAUUCGGGAGAAUGUGGAAGACGGCUGCGAAUCACGUGCUCAGUGUCCGGAUCAUUGUCCCAACCACUCAUCCUGCCAGAGUUCUUGGGAUCUGUCUACCUGCGAGUGUGAUUCCGGGUAUGUGGGUACAGACUGUGCCCCCAUCUGUACGGUGAGGCCUUGUGCUUCCGGAGUUUGCAGAGCAAACACAAGUUUGACUCGAGGUUAUGAUUGCGAGUGCAACAGCAGUUCCCGGCAUGGAGAUUAUUGUGAGAAGGAACUUCAGCAACCGUGUCCUGGCGGUUGGUGGGGCGAACGGGUGUGUGGUCCAUGUAGAUGCGAUCUGGCCCAAGGAUACCACCCGGACUGCAACAAAACCACCGGACAGUGCUACUGCAAGACAAAUCACUACCAACCUCCGAACGAAACCGCCUGCCUUUCCUGCGACUGCUACUCCAUCGGAAGCUUUAGUGGAGCAUGCAAUCCUCUGACAGGACAAUGCGAGUGCCGUGAAGGAGUUAUUGGACGUAGGUGUGACUCAUGCUCAAAUCCCUAUGCCGAAGUCACCCUUAGUGGAUGCGAAGUGGUGUACGAUGCCUGUCCGCGAUCCUUUGCCGGUGGGGUAUGGUGGCCACGCACUCCUCUUGGAGGAGUUGCCAUCGAAGGAUGUCCUCCACCGGCUCGAGGAAAAGGGCAACGCAGCUGCGAUGCUCAAUCAGGAAGCUGGAAUACUCCGGAUAUGUACAACUGCACCUCGGAGCCUUUUGUGGAGCUGCGUCGUCAACUUUCACAACUGGAGAAACUCGAAUUGGAGCUUAACUCGUUUGUGGCCAUAAAAAUGGCAGAGCAGCUGAGAAAAGCUUGCGAGGCGGUGGACAGGAGAGGUGCCAGCAAGGAUCAAAAGAUUUUGGGAAAUGGCCGCCCUAACCGGCGUUACAAAAUGGAAUCAUCUUUCCUGCUUAGCAAUGGCGGAAACGUGUGGUCACAUGAACUCGAAAUGGACUACCUCUCCGAUGAAUUGAAAUUCACCCAUGAUCGUCUGUAUGGCGCCGAUCUUCUGGUGACGGAGGGUCUCCUACAGGAGCUGAUUAACUAUGAACUCAUGCAAAGUGGUCUUAACUUGUCCCACAGUCAAGACAAAUACUUUAUUAAGAAUCUGGUGGAUGCGGCCAGCGUAAUUUUGGACCGAAAAUACGAGGCAGAAUGGAGAAGGGCCACGGAACUCAUUCAAAGGGGACCAGACGAUCUGGUUGAUGCAUUUAACAAGUACCUGGUGGUUUUGGCUCGAUCCCAACAUGACACCUACACAAGUCCUUUUGAGAUCGUGCAACCAAACAUGGCCCUAGGAUUGGACAUCGUCACCACUGAAUCCCUAUUUGGUUACGAACCGGAGCAGUUAAGCGAAUACCACCGGAGCAAGUACCUCAAACCGAAUGCAUUUACCACAGAAAGUGUUGUGCUGCCGGAUACCAGUGGAUUUCUACAGCACUCGGCUCGUCAGCGACCAGUGAUUAGUUUCCCCAAGUACAAUAACUACAUAUUGGAUCGUCGUAAGUUUGAUCAGCACACCAAGGUCCUGGUGCCCCUGGAGAUGCUGGGAAUUACGCCUCCAGAAAGCGAUGAGAUUUCACAGAGUGGACGAAGAGGAAGUAGUCAUGACCAUCGUGCCAUCGUGGCGUAUGCGCAAUACAAGGAUGUGGGACAGCUGCUCCCCGAUCUGUAUGAUGAAACCAUUACCCGUCGUUGGGGUGUGGAUGUAGAGCUGGCUACCCCCAUUCUCUCCCUGCAAAUUUUAGUUCCCUCAAUGGAAAGGGAGCAGGAGACGCAACGCCUGGAGAUUCCGUCGAGAAAGAUCUUCUCUUCAUCUUCGCCAUCUUCAUCCUCAUCAGGCAGCACGGAACAACAAUUUGUGGAGGUUUUCGAUGUUCCUAAAGCUCCAACGAGCAGUAGUGAGCAACAGAUUGAGGAUAUACGGAUAACAGCUCACGAAAUUCCGCCACCAGUUUCCUCUGUAGAACACCAGGAGGCUUCAAGUAGUGAAGACGGUGAAGAGAGGGAACCACACAUUCGCCUAAAUCUUGACGACAUUGAGUUCCAUGGCAACUCCGGAGAGGAGGUCAUAUCUCCAGACUCACCCGAGAUGCUUAAUCCAAAUUAUGAAGGCGUCAGUUCUACUGGAAGUGAUGAGCAGACAAAGGGUGAAAACGAAGCGGUUUAUAGAGAUCGCCGUUUGGUUAAGAGACAGGUAGAGAUCACUUAUCCUUCAGAACAAAUGCAGCAAUCAGAACAGGUGGUGUAUAGAUCCUUGGGCUCGCCUCAUUUGGCGCAACCCAUAAAGCUGCAGAUGUGGCUGGAUGUGGACUCAGCUCGUUUUGGACCCCGUUCGAACCCCCAAUGCGUCCGCUGGAACUCCUUUACCAAUCAGUGGACUAGAUUGGGCUGUCAAACUGAGAUUCCCGACUUCGAUGGAGACUUCAAUCCUGCGGCACAACAAGCGAUCCUUGUGAACUGUAGCUGCACCCAUAUUUCCAGCUAUGCUGUCAUUGUGGAUGUGAUUGAUCCAGAGGACAUCCCAGAACCUUCGCUUUUGGUGCAGAUUACCUCCUACUCCGCCUUCCUGGUUUCACUUCCCCUGCUGCUGGGAGUGCUCUUAGCUUUGGCCCUCCUACGUGGUCAGCAGACCAACUCAAACACCAUUCACCAGAACAUCGUGCUUUGUGUCUUCUGCGCGGAGCUCCUUUUCUUCGUGGGUAUGCAAUCGCGUCGGCAGCUCCUGGAGAGCGAGUUUCCCUGCAAGCUGACGGCCAUCUGUCUGCACUACUUCUGGUUGGCUGCCUUCGCCUGGACAACGGUGGACUGCGUUCAUCUAUACAGAAUGCUCACCGAAAUGCGUGACAUUAACCACGGUCCCAUGGGUUUCUAUUUCGCCAUGGGCUAUGGUGCCCCGGCCAUCGUCGUCGGAUUAUCUGUUGGAGUUCGUGCUCAUGAGUACGGAAAUAGUUUAUUCUGUUGGCUGUCUGUCUACGAGCCCGUUGUGUGGUGGUUAGUGGGUCCCAUUGCGGGCAUGUCCGUGGUGAACCUGCUCAUCCUUUUCGUCUCCGUCAAAGCUGCCUUUACACUUAAGGAUCACGUACUUGGAUUUGGAAACUUGCGAACGCUCCUCUGGCUGUCUGUGGUAUCGCUCCCGCUGAUGGGAGUCAUGUGGGUCCUAGCGGUGCUGGCCGCUUCGGAGCACUCUCAGUUGCUGAGCCUGUUGCUCUCCGGCGUGGUGCUACUACACGCGCUUUUCUGCCUCAUUGGAUACUGCAUCAUUAACAAGCGGGUGCGGGAAAACCUCCAACGCACCUGUCUGCGAUGCAUGGGUCGCAAGGUUCCGCUUUUGGAUUCCUCCAUGGUGGUUAGCAAUAGCUCACACAACGUGAAUGCAGCGGCGAGGCCGAGUAACUUCCUGGCAAGUGGAUAUGAUACCACCACCAGGCGAAACAUAGGCAUCAGCGCUAGUAGCACUACGUCGAGAAGUACGGCCAAAACUAGUUCGAGUCCGUACAGCGACGGACAACUGAGGCAGACCUCAACGUCCACCUCGAACUACAAUUCAGCCAGCGAUGCUCCGAGCUUCUUGAGAGGAUUCGAAUCUUCUACAACCGGAAGGAGUAGAGGUGGCGAGGAGAAACCAUCCCGGCGCCAGAGGAAGGACUCAGACUCUGGCUCCGAAACAGAUGGAAGAUCCCUCGAACUAGCCAGCAGUCACUCCAGCGAUGAUGAUGAGUCGCGAACGGCUAGAUCUUCUGGUACACAUCGCAGCACGGCCGUGAGUUCGACGCCAGCCUAUUUGCCCAACAUCACGGAGCACGUCCAGGCCACCACCCCGCCGGAACUGAAUGUGGUGCAGAGUCCGCAGCUCUUCCCGAGUGUAAAUAAGCCCGUCUAUGCUCCGCGCUGGUCGAGUCAGCUGCCAGAUGCGUAUUUGCAAUCACCUCCGAACAUCGGACGGUGGUCCCAGGACACUGGAUCUGAUAACGAACACGUUCACGGGCCAGCGAAGAUGACCAUCUCGCCGAAUCCACUGCCCAAUCCCGAUCUCACGGACACCAGUUACCUGCAGCAGCACCAUAACAAAAUCAAUAUGCCUCCCUCGAUUCUGGAAAAUAUUCGAGAUGCUCGGGAGGGCUAUGAGGACAGCUUAUAUGGGAGACGGGGGGAGUACCCUGACAAGUAUGGCUCCUACAAGCCACCCAGUCACUAUGGCAGCGAAAAGGACUAUCCCGGCGGAGGAAGUGGCUCCCAGACGAUUGGUCAUAUGAGAAGUUUCAACCCGGAUGCCGCGUACUUGAGUGAUAACAUAUACGACAAGCAGCGUACGCUGGGCAGUGGCUACUUGGGCACCAAGUCGGAGUCACCUUACCUGUCCAAAGAUCGCAUAACACCCGAUAUCUAUGGAUCCAGGGAUGGUCAUUAUAGCCUCAAGAGACAGCCUGCCUAUGCAACUGAUUCCCUGCACUCGGUUCACUCGCUCCUAAAGAACGAUUACCACCAGCAGCAGCAGCAGCAACACCAUUUGCAGGACAGACUGUCCGAGGGAUCGGAUAAGAAUGGCUACCACUUUCCCUACACCGCCGAGGAGGACCACCUGCCCGCCAGGAAGCUAAGCCACACCCAACCGCCUUCGCUACAUGGAUCUCAGCUGAUGCAACCACCUGGAGUGGGCCUGGUGAACGAUGUGAACAAUCCGGGCUUGAUGGGAAGGCACACCCUAAAUGGAGGAUCCCGACACAGUUCCAGAGCCUCCUCGCCGCCCUCCACCAUGGUGGCUCCCAUGCAGCCACUGGGGCCGCUGACCAGCAUCACGGAUACCGACUCAGAGUUCGACAUUAUUUGGCUGCAUCGCAGGCAACAGAGGCAACAGUAUCCCUGGUCGCUAACCAUAUGGCGGAAUAUUGAUGAUGACGAGACCACAGUGUGACGACUGUCCCAGCAGCAACAGCAGCAGCAGCAGCAGCUACAAUUGAAGCUGCAACAAAGGCAGCAGCAGCAGCAGCCGCAUCAGCAGCAGCGGCAGCAACACAUGCAACAACUGCAGCAGCAACGCACCAAGCAACAGAAGCAGAAGCAAACGCAAUAUUUUGCCACCAUUAGACGCAAGCCGCAGUACAGAAUUCACACGGAGGACUGAGGUCCUUCUUGCCAAUCGAUCCGAUUGUAGCAUACUUUUGGGAGCACCUGCCAUAGGGGCAUGCCCGUCAUUAUAAUUGAAACUUUGUACAUACACGCACCCACUUAAUUUUACGUAAACCCAGCUUAGUAAGCCCUCAUUCGGGCACAGAUAUUUAUACGAUAGCCUAGCAUUUACAUAAUUUGAAGCGCCACUUGCAUUUCGUUCGGAAUUGCAUAACUCGAACACACACACAGACAUAGAAUUACUCAGCUUUAGCCUUGUGUAUGUAUUAUAAAUUACACUAUAUAAUUAUGUAUUAAAACAAGAGUCAGACUGA